AUGUCGUCGGCUCAGGGGUCAUCGAGGCAGAAAAAGGGGAACUCAGUUGUGGCGGCAUCAGCUCCAGCAAGGGGUCCAAACGGAGGUUGUAUCGGGGAUCUCGAGUCGACUCAUCACGAGGCGAUGAUGGACACAGUUAAUUUAUCUCGCUCCCAGAGGCUUUUGGUCGCAGAUGCUACACGGCUUGCGAGGGAAGGGAGCGAGAACGUCGUCAUGGGGGAUGCGAUGGAGUGUGCAAGAGACGGACAGAGUGGGACAGUGCCCGUUGACUCGAUUACUUUGAGGGUUCGCGCAGUGGAAGACGAUUCUUCGGAAGACGACGACUCCGAAGCCGAGUCGUUUCCGACGACCUUCUAUCCCGAAGGGAUUUUCGAGGAGCUUCCGCGACUACAUCCUGAUUUAUUGCGCCCUGCUUUCGUGGCCGGUCAAGAUUGGGACGGUGUGGAGGAGACUAAGUCGACCCUGAGGAGCGUGAAGAGGGUUCUUCGGGCCAAGAACGCUACAGGCGUGACCGUCCUUAUUCCUUCGAAGGAGCAAAGGCCUUGGUCUCCUCCGAUCGGGUACCAGACAGUAUACAAAUCUUAUUUCCAGGAUGACACUCGCUGUUGGUUCCCCAUCCCGCGACUGAUCACCGCGUACGCUAGGCGGCGAGAUAUCGUGAUUAUUCAGUUACUGAACGGCUCGCUGCGACUAGCCGUCACCUUAUCAGUUCUAGCGGAGGAGAUUGACAUGCCGAUGAGCGUCAGGUCGAUCGAGGAGAUGACCUCGAUAACCGAUAUGAAGGACGGAACCUACUCGGUGAAGAUGCGACCAAACUGCAAUGUGUGCGCCGGUCAUCCAAACAAAACGCAGAAUUGGCAGCGUUCCUACUUCUUCAUCAAGUCCAACGACUCGCCUUUCGAGGAGCCUCCUCGAGAGGACUAUCGGGUCCUGUGGAACCGUUCUUGUGUUGGCCAUCCCACGUCUCCAGUCUAUCCUGAGGAUUUCCUGAAGAGCGUUCAAGCCGUCGCUUUGCUUCGGAUCUACCGUUGGUCCGAGAUUACCGUCGAGAAGAUUCGCGAGCUUAAGGACCGGAUCGCUCGAAGAGAGUGGAGAUCUAACCUUCCGACCGUUCUUCCUAUUCGCACCAAGCGACUAGACAUCUUCCCAAAGGAUAUCCAGAAGCGAAUCUCCGAAGCAAAGAGGAUGGGAACUCUUCCCGAUUUGAGCGCGAUGUUAGCCGCCCAGCUGGGACUGGCCAGCGAGGAAGGACCUUCGACGAUGGUUCCUCGCAUUGGUGAGGUUCCCCCUUCUGACGCUAGAAACGCGGGGAAGGACCCGACUGAGAAUGAGGAGGGUGAUGUUCAAGAAGAAGAACUUCAACCUGAGGAGGAGGCUUCUGAGGCUGAAAUCUCGGGAGAACAUGACGAUGCGGUGGAAGUUGGUGAGAGGGAGGAAUAUGACAUUCCUCUUAACGCCGCCCGUCCGGAUGGUUCUGAAGAAGACAGCGGAGAGUCGCCGCUUUUGAUCAGGAGACGUAACGACGAGGUUGGCGAUGAGGCGCGACCUCCUAUUCUGGCGUCUUCUCGCGAGGGAACCCCGGUACCCAUUGGGGAAGGGGUCGUUCAGGUCGGCACUUCUUCUCGCGGCUCCGCUAUCUUGAGGAGGGUGUCCGGAGUCAACUUUCCAGACGAGGUCUCGUUUCACUACGAGGGACCGGCCCCUCUAGUGUACCUUCCCGAGAAGUGUGGGGAGUUCCUUCGCCAAUUAAGGGGGAGGGCGAAACCUUUGCCCGCUGUGAAGGACCUCAUCUUUGGAGGUGAAUAUGAGGAAGCCGCGAGGGCCACGCUGCUGGGGGAUAGUGCGAUGAACGUCGUGAUCGACAAGUACGACACUGCCCUGAAGGGAGCUUUAGGCGAACUCGAGCUGGCUAAGAAGGAGUGCGUGGAGAAAGAGGAAGCUUCUGCUCGCCAGUUGAAUGCGUCGAGGGCUGACGUCGGGAGGCUUAACGGGAUGGUUUCUCGCAUCAUUGCUCGAAGAGAUGAGCUCAAAGCUGAGUUGGAGGUAUCCCGAGGAGUCGUUUGUGAGCUCGAGUGGAAGAACGCCGAACUUGAGGGCGAGAAGGUUUCGCUCGCUGCAUCUCAUGAAAGAGAGAUGAGGCGCCUUAGAGACUCCAGGAUCCUGGAAGUGACGAGGGAAAGAGGAAGAGUUGAGGCCGAGAUGGCCGCGAAAGCUAAUCGUCGCUUCGCUAGGAUUCGCUCCCGAGAAGAGCGACGAGGUCCCUAUGAGGAGGCCCGGUUGCUUCAUAGCCAAGCCUUCGGAACUAGGAAAUGCCUUGAGGCUUUGAAGAGGGCUGGAAGCAACAUCUCGCAAGCUACUAUCGAGAUAUUCGCCGAGCAAGAGAAGAGGUACGAGGAGGAAGCCGAGAAGCUUAGGGUGGGCGAGAUACCCGAGGAAGAUCUCAUGUUUUCUCCUCUCGUGCUGGACUCUCAGUUUGUGGAUGCUCGAAUCUUGGCGAGUCUUGAUCCGUAUGGGUCCAACGCCGGCUUGAUCGAUCCGGAGAUUGCAGCGAGUCUUCACGUUUCGCUCACUCAUCCGACUGAAGAGCGGCACGAAGACCCGACACUUCUUCUUGAAGGUCAUUUGGCCGAUCCAGAGAUCGUCCCGAGAUCAGGUGAAGUGCAUGAUUCUCCGGCUGCCCAUGAGUCAAGCGUCAAGGCUUCGGAGCUCUCCGUCCUCAACGAUCGCGAGAGCGAUCGGGAUGCUUAG